GGUGAGAAAGUUAGCAUCUCUCGGGCACCAUGGGCGGCCCGCCCCUUGGCGGCCGGGUCGUGACUCCCCGUGACUUCCCAGCGUUCCGCCUGGGCGCGUGCUCCCCGGCCGCGGUCCCUGCGUUCCCGCCAGAUAUUUAAGUUUCAUUUCCCGCUGCCACUGCCGGCUCCUCCUCCCGUGGCCUUCCCCCAAGCCAAGUCUUCCUUCUUUCGGGGAAUAGAGAGCGCCAGCAUGGAUCCCCGGCGCGAAAAUGCCACGCGGACAGCUACGAAGGCCGGAGCCGCCGCCCCCAUGGUUCUGGCGCAAGGAGAGAAGGGUCCCCGGGCGGAGCUCAGCGGACCUUCGGCCGCCCUUGGGGCCGCCGGGCCCAAAGCACAGAAGUGCGGCCCAGUCGGGGCAUCUGGAUCCCGGCGGAAGAAGAGUGCCCCGGGCUCCACGGAGAGACCACAGGUGCGCGCGCGGAGAGUCCGCGCCAAAAAGGCGCCUCUGGGCGCUGAAGACGUGGUGGAGGGGCUGGCGGUUCCGGCGGAGAAGCUGGCGUCUCCUGCGGCCUCGGGGCCGCACCUUCUCAGGACUGGAUCUCGCCGCGAGAGGGACGCGCGCGCCGCUCAGGAGCAGAGAGACUUGCCAGAGCCCACGGAGGUCUCCGGCCUCGGCCAGCUGCUUCCAGCGUCGAGUCUGAGGCAGAAGGGGGCGGUGCCUGGCGCCUGGAAGCCCCGAGCUGUGCUGGAAAAGUUGAGGCUGAGGCGCCAGGAAAUCUCAGUGGCGGCGGAGAUUGUGAACAGGGUUGUGGACCACCUGCUGCGGAGAUUGCAGAGCUGUGAGUCCGAGUUCAAAGGUGUCUCCCUGCUGCGCACCGGAAGUUACUACGAGCACGUGAAGAUUUCUGCUCCUAAUGAAUUUGAUAUAAUGUUCAAACUGGAGGUCCCCAGAAUUCAGCCAGAAGAAUAUUGCAACAGUGGUGCUUAUUACUUUGUGAAGUUCAAAAGAAAUCCCAAAGGAAAUCCUCUGAGUCAGUUUUUAGAAGACGAAAUAUUAUCAGCUUCUAAGAUGCUGUUCAAGUUUAGGAAGAUCAUUAAGGAAGAAAUUAAAAACAUUCAAGAUACAGAUGUCAUUAUGCAGAGGAAGAAGAGGGGGAGCCCUGCUGUAACACUUCUUAUUAGAAAACCUAGAGAAAUAUCUGUGGAUAUAAUCCUGGCUUUGGAGUCAAAAAGCAGCUGGCCUGCUAGCACCCAGGAAGGACUGCCCAUCAGUCAGUGGCUUGGGACAAAAGUUAAAACCAAUUUAAGACGACAGCCAUUUUACCUGGUACCCAAGCAUGCAAAGGAAGGAAAUGGUUUUCAAGAAGAAACAUGGCGGCUGUCCUUCUCUCACAUUGAAAAGGACCUUUUGAAAAGUCAUGGACAUUCUAAAACGUGCUGUGAAACUGAUGGAGUAAAAUGUUGCAGGAAAGAUUGCUUAAAACUAAUGAAGUAUCUCUUAGAACAAUUGAAAAUGAAGUUUGGACACCGAAAGGAACUUGAUAAAUUCUGCUCCUACCAUGUGAAAACUGCCUUCUUUCAUGUCUGUACCCAGGACCCGCAAGACAGUCAGUGGCACACCAGAAACCUAGAGCUCUGCUUUGAUAACUGCGUGACGUACUUUCUUGAGUGCCUCAGGAUUGAACAACUCAAGCAUUAUUUCAUUCCUGGAUUCAAUCUGUUCUCUCGGGACCAAAUUGACAAAACAAGUAAAGAAUUUCUAUCACAGCAAAUUGAAUAUGAAAGAAACAAUGGAUUUCCAGUUUUUCAUGAAUUUUGAAAUUAUAUUUUUAAAAAGAAUCAAGAAUUUAGAGUGACUUUAUAAUAAUUGGAAUGUUUGAGGGGCGCCUGGGUGGCUCAGUCAGUUAAGCGGCUGCCUUCGGCUCAGGUCAUGAUCCUGGGGUCCCGGGAUCGAGCCCCCUGUCUGGCUCUCUGCUCAGCGGAGAGCCCCUCAUUCAUUCAUGUCAAAAAAUAAUUGAGGGCCUACUAUGCCUCAUAACACUUUUAUAUGUAUUUCUGAAAAGGCAAUACAUGCAUAGAACACUUAAAGGAACGGAUGGAAUUGCCCUUUCUCCUCUGCUCAGGCAGCAUUCAACUUAGAGGCAGCUGCUGUUCGUUAACUUUUUCCUACUUGUGUAUUUUGUACAUUUUAUUAUUGGCUAUUGUAUUGUUUUCUCAUUGUUUUGUAGAAGUUCUUCAUAUACUUUGGAUAUUUAUGCUUUGUUGCUUGCCUACAUAAUGAAUAACGUGUGGCAUGUCUUUACCAUUUUUGGUGUCUUUUAGUAAACCAGGGUGUUUUUUUUUUUAA